AUGACGGACAACUCACCAGAGGAUGGUCAUACAGCGUCUGAUUCCGAACAAAAAAAUCCAGAUAUCAAAAACAACGACACGGACCUGACCCUUCAUCAAGGAACCAACGACCAGUAUAGAGAAGGCACCUCUGGGCUUAUGAACCCAAAGGUAAACUCCUCAGAAGGACGAGAAUCCGGAAAGGAAGGGCCACCCCAUGCAAUCGAGCUAAUGGGGUUGGUCCACAGUUACCAAGGUCGUUUGGAACAGCUGAAACAAGAAUUAGAACAACAACGAGAGGCAGAACAAAAUCUCAGGGAAGAGAUAGAGCGACAAAAAGAGUUGGAAGAAAAACUCUUGAAGCUCGAAUCUUCCCUUAGAAGUCGGAACUCCUGUGGCGACCGAGAAGAGUCGCCCCUGGAAGGAGAGGACCCAUUCAGUGAGGACAUAAUGAGAGCGAAAGUUCCAAGAAACUUUAAAAGCCUUGAUAUGAACCUCUAUGACGGAACCACAGACCCAAAGCAUCAUUUAAGCAAUUUUAAAAGUUGGAUGUAUCUGGCUGACGCUUCUGAUGCGACUCGCUGCAAAGCUUUCCCGACAACCCUGUCGAAAGCAGCGAUGAAGUGGUUUGACAGCCUUCCACCAAGGUUGGUUACCAGCUUUGAGGACCUCUCGAGAAAGUUCUUAAUGAGGUUCUCCAUCCAGAAGGAUAAAGUAAAGCACGCACCGAGUCUCCUGGGAGUUAAACAAGAGGUCGGAGAACCUCUACGCGACUACAUGGAAAGGUUCAACAAAGCGUGCUUGGAAAUCCAAUACCUGCCCACAGAGGCAGUUAUCAUAGAGCUAGUAAAUGGACUUAGAGAAGGCCCCUUCUCUCAGUCCAUAUCAAAAAGACACCCCACCUCUUUGAGUGAUGUACAAGAGAGAGCAGAAAAGUACAUCAACAUGGAGGAAAACGCCAGAUUACGGGAGCCAAGCUGGCGACAGGGGCCUCCUCACUCAGCAAAAGAGAAAGAAAGGGAACCCAAGAAAAAAGAGGAGGUCAGUCCUGACAGGCCGAGGAGAUAUCACUCCUAUACUCCUCUAAAGGUUUCCCUAGGAGACGUAUACAGAGAAAUCUGUAAUACUGAAAGAUUGCCGCCCCCUAGACCCAUCAAAAACAAAAAGGGAGGAAGCUGCGUUGACUACUGUGAAUAUCACAAGAUGUAUAGCCACUCAACAAAUAAUUGCUACGACCUUAAAAAUGUGAUAGAAAGGUUGGCCAGGGAAGGCCGACUUGAUAGAUAUCUCAUGGAAAGGUCGGACAAUCAUAGGAAAAGAAAGCGAGAUGAUGAGGACAGAAGAGACCCACCACCACAAACCCCCGAGAGAUACAUACAUAUGAUCUCUGGAGGAUUUGCGGGAGGGGGACUCACUAAAUCAUCUCGCAAAAGACACCUAAAGCGAGUUUAUCAAGUCGAAAACGAGUCUCCCGAUCUCCCGACCAUCUCAUUCACUAAAGAGGACGGGCAGGGGAUCAUGCUCGGGCAUGACGAUCCGGUGGUGAUAACCAUGAUCUUGGUAAAUGCCAACCUCCACAGAAUCCUGGUGGACCAAUGGAGUUCGGCAGACAUCCUCUUUAAGCCCGCAUUCGACAAACUAGGGUUUGAUGAAAUGGAGCUAAAAGCUUACCCGGACACCUUGUAUGGGCUAGGAGACAUGCCAAUUAAGCCACUGGGAUACAUCCCCCUCCACACGACCUUUGAAAAGGGGGAAAAUUCUAAAACUUUGAGCAUAAACUUUAUCGUCAUAAAUGUCGGAUCGACGUAUAACGCCUUAAUCGGCAGGACUAUGCUAAAUCGGCUUGAAGCGGUGGUGUCAAUCCCUCACCUUUGCAUGAAAUUCCCAACACCCAAGGGAAUAGCAACGGUACGGAGAGACCAGAAGUUGGCAAGAAAAUGCUACAAUGAAAGCUUGAACCUCCGAGGAAAAAACAAGGAAGUUCACACCAUAGAGCUUGGAGGAAUAAAAGCUAAAGAAGAGUUGCGGCCACAGCCGGGGGGAAGGACUGAAGAGGUUCAAAUAAGAAAAGAGGAAGGAGAAAAUACCAACAUAGGGGCCAGCCUAGAAGGAGACUUGAGACAGAGGCUGAUAAAGCUCCUGCAAGAUAAUUCCGACCUCUCCGCUUGGAAAGCUUCCGACAUGCCAGGGAUUGACCCUCAGCUCAUGUCCCACAGCUUUCAGUACACCCCAGAUCGUGACCCGUACAGCAGCACAGGCGCAAGCUCGGAACAGAACGAGCUCAAGUGGUGGAGGAGAAAGUGCAAGCCCUCCUGGAGGCCGACUUCAUCCGAGAAGUCAAGUAUCCAGCAUGGCUAG